AUGCCCCACAAAAAAGCUAAGCGCAGUGCGCGAACGCAAGACAAGGCCCAAAAAGGCACUGAUUGGGCACCAGGGAAAGAUUCGAUAGCAAACGAGGCCAUUCCUAAAUCUGCGCAGCGAAUUCUCAAUGCUGUCCAGAUAAGAGAAGAAUUCAAGGCCAGGAAACGAAAGUUAGAGGAGGAGCAAGAGGCGAAAGCUAAUGCGAAGAAGAGGAAGAAAACAGAAUUGAAGAUUCUUCCUGGAGAAUCGAUUCAACAUUUCAAUAGGCGUGUGGAGGACGACUUGAGACCUCUCGUCAAGUCGGCUAUGGAAAGCGGUCGAGCUGUUGUACGCAAAGCUUUGCGAGAAGAACAAGAGCGUAAAAAGGCCAAAUCGAAAUCAAAAUCGAAAUCCAAAACUCCAGAACCCAGCGAGCCUCCGACUCCCAAACCUGCUCCUCCCAAGGAUAAACACGCAGACCGCCCGAAAGAAUUCGCCGUUGCUUCGACAUCAGCUCCUAAGCGGCUCAACGAUAUCGCACAGGCUCCCCCAGAACUCAAGAAGCUUCCUCGGGGCGCUGAUAAGCUGGUUGGUGGGACAAGCAGUAGCAAGACAGACGGGGUGCUGUCGAUGGCGCAGAAGGCGAUGAUGGAACAGGAGAGGCUGAAGGCUAUUGCGAGGUAUCGAGAACUCAAGGCCAUGAGGAGACCGCCACUGUUAUCGGAGUCGGCGAAGUAG